AUGUCACCAAAACUGUCGAAACCGUUAUCACCGGGAGAUGUGAUCACUCAAGACAUGCCUAUCAUUCAUGUAAUACACGAUGAAUCCAAAGACAAGUAUUGCGAUAAUUGUAUGAAAAGAUCGGAUCAAUUGAAGAGAUGCGCGAAAUGUCUUCACAUGUAUUACUGCAGUAAAGAGUGUCAGAAGAAUGACUGGAAGUAUCACAAGAAUGAGUGCAAACUCUAUAGAGAUGAUGACAUUUGGUCAUCACUACAGACGGUAGAUAUUAGGUACAGAUUUUUGCUCCGACUCGUCCUUACGGUGCAAAACAUCCCAACAUUUGCCACAGAAAAACACCGAUUGUUUGACGGAUCGGAUGUCAGUCUCAAUGAUCUCAAAGUCGAUAUAAUUGGUAGGAAUGAAGACAAGAGUGAAAGUGAUAUCUCAGCCAUUUGUGAUAUGUUCACUGAAUUAGGUGUCAAUUAUGAAGUCCAAGAGCUAAGCGAUUGUGAUUGUGGCGAUACUGUGGCCAACGGUCUAUACAUCCAGUUAUCAUCGCUAAGCCAUAGUUGUCUUCCGAACGCCGCUAUUGUAUACAAUGGCCAUACGUCUGAGUUGCGGGCCAUGGCAUCGAUAGCUCCGGGAGAGGAGAUUACCUGCGUGAAAUGCGUGAACAAUACGGACCGAGACGUGGAUUACCGACGACUGCAGCCAACGAUUAAUCGGUCGGUCGUAAGCAUACUCUCAAUGGCCGACAAGAAAGAAGAGUAUUUGCGCUCAUUAUUUGCCGAUUUGGAUGUGGUUUACGGCGAUUACAAUCCCUGCAAGACAUUGACUUUAGUCAAUCACUUCGACGCCUAUACUUUUGCGCUUAUAAAUGGCCGCAAAUCACCCGAUGGUCUGUUCAAUGAGAUCCGGGAUAUGACCGCAAAGGCGUUCGAUGUGACCAAUGGUGACGAUUAAAUUACAACAAUAAUUAAAGCUGAGAUUAAAAGCCAGAAAACGCCCCUCAAGUCAGUGAUGGUUACGGAAGGGAUAACUAGUGUUGGCUUCGGUUGGUCUGUGAUGUCGGCCUCAUAUCCAUUGGGUUUCAGCGAUCGCUUCACUUCAUAG